UCAAAAUAACUAAAAAAAAACAAAAAUUACCACCAAAGAAGAAGGCCUACCGGCAAUCAAUUACGAACCCCAUAAUCGAUCCCUUUCCACUCUGAAAAUUUCCCGUGCACACCAAUUGUUUGUAAAAAUUCCCCAGAGAAAGCAGAAGCCGCCGCAAAAACAACUCCCGUUCAUUCAUUCAAUCGCCGACCCACCAGAAAAUGCAGUAAUCACCGGAUCGUUAUCGAUUAAAAAACGAAAAAAAAUUGAUUGAUGGAUCCGAGCGAAGAUGUGCCGGAUGGAACGGUGCAGAAUGUUCUGGAGCAAGAGACGCUGAAGUGGGUGUUCGUCGGAGGAAAAGGCGGCGUGGGUAAGACGACGUGCAGCUCGAUUCUGUCGAUCCUACUCGCGCGAGUGAGAUCCUCCGUGCUCAUCAUUUCCACAGACCCUGCUCAUAAUCUCAGCGAUGCUUUCCAGCAAAGGUUUACCAAGACCCCCACCCUCGUUACUGGUUUUUCGAACCUUUACGCCAUGGAAGUCGACCCGAACGUGGAACACGAAGAAGGUAGUUCGGAUAUGAACGACGGAUUCAUGUCGGAUUUAGCUAAUUCCAUACCCGGAAUUGACGAGGCUAUGAGUUUUGCCGAAAUGCUCAAGCUAGUGCAGACUAUGGAUUAUUCGGUUAUCGUGUUCGAUACAGCUCCGACUGGUCAUACGCUUCGUCUGUUACAAUUCCCGUCAACUUUAGAGAAAGGGCUCGCCAAAAUGAUGAGUUUGAAGAGUAAAUUCGGCGGAUUAUUGAGCCAGAUGACUCGACUUUUUGGUGUUGGAGAUGAUUUUGGCGAAGAUGACAUACUCGGAAAACUCGAAGGCAUGAAAGAUGUGAUUCAACAAGUCAACAGACAGUUUAAAGAUCCCGAUUUGACAACAUUUGUGUGUGUUUGCAUUCCGGAAUUCCUGUCUCUGUAUGAAACUGAAAGACUAGUUCAGGAGCUUACUAGAUUUGAGAUAGAUACGCAUAAUAUCCUGAUUAACCAAGUCAUUUUCGAUGAAGAAGUCGUUGAAUCGAAAUUGCUCAAAGCUAGAAUGCAAAUGCAACAGAAGUACCUGGACCAGUUCUACGUGUUGUACGACGAUUUCCACAUAACCAAGCUGCCUUUGCUGCCCCAAGAGGUUUGUGGAAUUGAAGCAUUGCAAGCAUUUUCACGGAAUUUUGUAACGCCAUAUCAAGCGUCCAUUGUUCGAGGAACGGUAGAAGAGGUGGAUCAAAGAGUAUCGGUACUGAAAGAACAGCUGGCGGAUGCUGAAGCUGAACUCGAAAAACUCAAGAAGGGGAAACAAAAGAUUUGAUCAAGAAAAACAAAUUAUUGCAAGAUUUUUUUUCGGUAUGUGUAGUUCAUUUAUUGUCAGGAGCGAAUAAUUUUUUAUUUAUUUUUAAUUUUUAUUCUUUUCCGAUUUUUAGAAGGAAAUAAGUGAGAACAUGGUUCUCCAAAAGGGUUGGGAUCAGUUUAUCUAACCAAGAUAUUAUGAUGGUAUAAUACUCAGGGUUGAAAGAUCGACGGUACUCUUUUUCGGUUCCGUAGUUUAUUGUUAAGAUUUAUCCUAUUUUCGAUACGAAAAGUUCUGAAA